AUGGAUGCACGCAUGACGAAGCAUUACUCUCGCCUGAUGAAGCUGAUGAUCAAGCUACCCGGAGCACCCACACCAGUAGAGACCAAACCAACCGACGGGUAUGCGGCAUCACCAUUUUGUGAGGCGAUCGCCAGAGUAACGGUUCCACACACACUUCGACUCCCUACCUGGACCACCCUGUAUGAUGGAACAUCUGAUCCCUACCCGCAUGUCAACUUCUACAAGCAGUGCAUGUGGCAGAUCGGAAUCCCAUACGAUUUGGUCGAGCCUGUCAUGUGCAAAUCAUUCGGCGGUACCCUUGAUGGAGCAGCUCUGGAAUGGCUAAUGAACGUCGACCCCGGAUCCAUCUCCUGCCUGUCUGACCUAAUCAACGCUUUUUAUCAGACAGUUAUCAAGGCAUUCAAAAUAGGUCUCAUCCCCAACUCGGAGCUGUACCGGGAAAUAACCAAAUACCCCUGUGCAACCUUCGAGGAAGUGCGAUCGAGAGCCACCGCCCAAAUGCAGAUUGAAGACGACGAGGUCAUCCGGACGGCGUCCCAACGCUCAACAGGGGGCAGCAGCGACAGGAGAUCGUACACCCCAAGGAGUAGCAGUUGGCGACACCAGCCGUAUAACCGGCAGAACCAGGUACAAGAUGUCAAUCAAUACGAUGACGCUAACAAUGUUUACAGGACUGAACGGGUCGUUUAUCCCCCCAUCUCCGAAUAUGGCUUCAACGUCGACAUCGGAGGCGUGGUGAACGCCCUUCAAAAUGUAGGUGGUACCGUCAGAUGGCCUAAGAAGAGCGACAGACCAGACUCCAUGAAGGACAUGAGCAAGUGGUGCGACUUCCACCGCGACAAUGGCCACACGACGGAGGAAUGCAUCUCCCUCAAAAAGGAGGUAGCAUAUCUAUUGAAAAGAGGACACCUGAAAGAGCUGCUGAGCGACAAAGGGAAGGAGACGUACAACAAGGAAAACAACACCCAGCCCAACCCAGCACCAAGCGGCGACCGACCGGCCCCUCCCAUGUUCGAAAAAGUGGUAAAUGUUAUCUCUGGUGGUUCAGAUAUCUGUGGACUAACUUCUUCUGCAGCUAAAAAAUCAACAGAGGCGAAUCUGAAGCCGUCAUAG